CUCCCGUGGAGCUGGAAACUGCACCCUGGGUGCCAUGCAGAAGGCAGGGCCUGGGGGCCGCAGGGCCUCUGACUGCGGGCCGGUCUCCUACCGGCCCAGGUGCAUCACCAAGUUUGCCCAGUACGUGGGCUCCUUCCCCGUGGAUGACCUGGACACACAGGAGAGCGUGUGGUUGGUGCAGCAGCAGCUGUGGGCACUGAAGGACUGUCCCCGACGCCGGGCCGUCAUCCUAAAGUUCAGCCUCCAGGGUCUCAAGAUCUACAGCGGGGAGGGUGAGGUGCUGCUGAUGGCCCAUGCGCUGAGUCGCGUCCUCUACUCCACCUGGUGCCCCACUGACUGCCAGUUUGCCUUCAUUGCCCGGAACCCGCGGAGCCCAGCCAGCAAGCUCUUCUGCCACCUCUUUGUGGGCAGCCAGCCUGGAGAGGUCCACAUCCUGCACCUGCUACUCUGCCGUUCCUUCCAGCUGGCUUACCUCAUGCAGCACCCUGAGGAGAGGGCCCAGCCUGAGGCCUGCCCGGGUCCUGCAGGGGACGUGCCCCUGAAGCCUCUGUCCAGACCUGGGGAGCCCCCUGGCCUGGUGCGGGAGCCCUUCAGCCGUGAUCAGCUCUCACAGAACGUCCAUGCCCUGGUCUCCUUCCGGCGGCUGCCCACGGAGGGCCCAGUGGGCAGUGGGAGGGAGCUGUCCGAGUCAGAAAGCCGCGCCCGCCACACCCGCCUGGGGAAUCCCUACUGCUCGCCCACACUGGUGCGCAAGAAGGCCAUUCGCAGCAAGGUGAUUCGCUCCGGGGCCUACCGAGGCUGCACCUACGAGAGCCAGCUGCAGCUGUCAGCUCGGGAGGCCUUUCCUGCCGCAUGGGAGGCGUGGCCCCGGGGUCCUGGUGGUCCCUCUUGCCUGGUGGAGAGUGAAGGCAGCCUGACAGAGAACAUCUGGGCCUUUGCUGGCAUCUCCAGGCCCUGCGCCCUUGCCCUGCUGCGGAGAGACGUGCUCGGCGCCUUCCUGCUGUGGCCUGAGCCGGGCGCCAGCGGCCAGUGGCGCCUGUCGGUGCGCACACAAUGCGGCGUGGUGCCCCACCAGGUCUUCCGAAACCACCUGGGCCGCUACAGCAUCGAGCACCUGCCAGCAGAGUUCCCCAGCCUGGAGGCCCUGGUGGAGAACCACGCCAUCACUGAGCGCAGCCUCUUCUGCCCCCUGGACAUGGGCCGCCUGAACCCCGCCUAUGAGGAGCAGGACCGCGGGCCUCCCCGGACUCUCAGGCCCCUCAGCCACGCCAAGUCUGAAGCUGAACUGCAGGGCCUGGGCUAGGAGGCUGAACCGCCUCCCCCUGGCUGUUUCCUGGGCCCCAGCGGCCCCUCCCCCCUUCCUGACCCUGCUGGUCACCAGCUCCAUCCAGUCACCCCGCCC